GUCUGGAAUUGGGAGCUAUCAUACUAUCGUCAUGACGAAUCUUUAUGUCUUGAUUAUUUUAGGAAGCAAUUUGUUAAUGAGUAUAGAUUCAUCUCCGCUCUUCGACACCAAUCAAAACAUCACAAGCGAUCAAUUUCUAACUCCUGCAAGAGUGAAGAAGGACAUUCUACGAAUUCUGAUAUCGUGUGGAAGGGCGAUAGAAAAGACAAAAUGUGAAUAUGGUAACAUCAUCAGUGGUCGUGGUUGCGCUCAAGGAUCUGUGUGUAACUAUUUUCUUCCUCCGGUGGACGCCGCUAAUGACUUAGACAUGAUAAGGCAGUUCACUGCGAUUAUCCAGGCGAUUGUUCCUGCCAUAGUUGCUGUGCAUAACGAUGAGCAUAACAUCUAUCCACCACGUACUGCUGUAGUCAAUCCAUUAAAAACCGUGGUUCCUUGUCUUUCACAAAGUUAUGGAAGCCUGAGAGCUGCAACACGGUAUUUUCAGCGAAAAUUAAAAGUUACGAAAGGAGAGUAUCAAAUCACAAGAGGUAGCUUUCACACCUUCCCUAUGAAACAAGAUUGUCAACCAUCUAAGGUGACAAGUAAAGAUGUGCAGAAAUUCUCCAUAUUCUACGAAGCAUUUGUGACAUUCUUAGCUAUGGAACGAAAAGUUCAACUUAGUCUAACGAAGAAAUUUUUUCACCAUCUUCAAUAAGUUGACGAGAUGUAAAUUAGUUGUAUAAUAUUACUUGUUGUAAUAAUUUAGUUUGGCAACAUGUUACGCUCUUUUAACCGUAUUCGGUCCGUAUAUUAUAUGGCUAUGAAACUAUAUUGAUCUAUAUCUAUAAAUAUCUAUAUAUAUCUAUAAAUUUUUAGGUCCGAUACCUUUCUUUGAUAUUGGCCAUUACUCGAAACUACCCCUAAAAAUCUCUAUGAAAUCUUUAUAAUGGGGAAAAUUUAAUAACUCCUGUUAGAAUUAUUAUUAGAACUUCAAACUUGCAACACAACUUUGUUUUAUUAAAAAGAAUCAUUUUGCAUAAUUUAGAAACAUGAUCAAUCCGACUUCCCGAAAUCGGAAAAAACCGGAUUUUCGGGCAAUUUUUGGCAAUUUUUUAUGCGAUCCACGUAAAAACCGCCUUAGAAGAAAUGAAUCUUUAAAGUUAUUUUAAAAAUUGAUGAGAACAAUGAUUAUGUGAAA